AUGGGUACUGCAAAACGUUUACCAAACACAACUGGUGUACCUGUCGCUUCACUAUCGUAUCAUAGUGGUGUGACCGAUGUUCUUUUGUUGGUGGUGGUGUAA